UCCCCUUUGAUCCUCACCAAACUCUCCACUCCAUCCUGUCGUCCUCGGUUUCCUCCACGGCGUUCACGGUCCCAAUCCAGCAUACCAUUGACCAAGAUACCCUCUGGCGUUUGAACUAGCAUAUUCUCAACCCUACUAUUCUUCCCUGUAUCUUUAUCCAUUCGCUCACACCUCGCGUGUGGCCUUAUUUCCGUCCUGUUUCAUCCUCUCUAGCCCGUUGGCUCCCUGGAACGCUCCCACUCAGCUGCUCGUAGCCAGCUGCGACGACCGCACUCGGCCGUUAUCGCCCCGGUAUGCCUGUUAUCGAUGGCGAGAAAUGGGCUUGCUCGUCCUGCAUCAAGGGCCAUCGAAUCGCGAUCUGCACCACAUCAACCCCAAAGGUCGUCCCGUCAAGCAAUGCGAACACUGUCGCGGUGCGCGCAAGUCCAAGUCCCACCACGCCAAGUGCGAUUGUGGCGACAAGAAGGACAAGGACUUGCACAAGGACAAAGGCGACGCGAAGACUCACGACAACCGCUGCCAGUGCCAUUCAGGCGCAAAGUGCUUAUGUGGUACCAAGAACGAAGACGUUGAUCUCAAGGUCGACACCACCCGGCAGACACUCCACGAUGCUCGCGCGAAACCCAAGUUGACUGCGACGCAUUCGGAAAGCCACUUGACCGUCUUCGCAAACGGCCACCACAAGCCUUGUCAUCGCAACAACAACUCGGCCCACGUCUCCGGUCUGCCGUACAAGAUCCCUCGUCCGCAUACGUUACAUGGCCAUGCCGCCUUUUCUGCUCUCUCGCAAGACAAGACUGCUCGCAGCAAGCCAGAGCCGACCACUACACGCUCCAUGGACACGCUUUCGUUAUCGAACAACGACUUCCACACCAUGUUUGGAUCUACUCAGCGAUGUUCCAACAAGCCUACGACUCCCAACGUUGGUGGUAGCCUCGACACUUUCGCUUUCAACGACAUGUUCAGUAGUCAACCUGGCGUCUUUGGACAGGAGGGCGAGUCUCCCAACAGCAACGUAAGCGACACGUUUUCAACCCAGCAGUGGCCUUGGAUCGCCGACACCGUGACACCAGUGAACAGCACAUUCGGUCUGGGUAGCUUGUCCACUUCGCCAUCGCAAGAUUGUCUGCCAAACAUGGAUAACGACUGGCUAACAGCAUCCGCUGGGUUUGACCACGUCUGGUCUGCUACUGAUCUUCCACUGGACCCGAGCAAAUUCAACGACGAGUUGGCUCAGCCGAUUUCACACAGCGGCGAAUCGAAACAGAGCGGCCCUGGUCUCACUGUAGCUUCGUCUGCGCACUCAGAAAUCGGAGAGCCUGCCCUUUUCGGUGAUCUGGACUUCAACAAGGCUCCUCAAUCGGCUGCCAGCGAGUCGCUUUUCUGGGAAGAUACUCCUGCGUAUCGGUUUAGCACUGCUGUCCCGAGUGAACCUAUGAACGGGUUGCCAAUGACCACUGCAGCGCCCAUGUCCAGUAUGAUCGGCUUCGAUCCUAUCUAUGCCAAGAGCAUUACUGCUGCGCCAGCAACUAUGACGAGUACCGCCUCAUCUGACUUUGCCGACACAGCCGCAAUCUCGAUGCCUAGCAAUUUCGAAGAUGUUGUUCCCAUGGACCCAUGGCCUUUAGAUCAGACCAAUGGUGCUUUCAACGCGAUGAACAAUUUUGAUCUAUCUUCUUAUGCCAACAACGGUUGGUUUUAGACGCCUGCGAAGGAACAGCAAGCUCUUGCAGCUGCUGUUGCUUUUGAUGACGCCAUGACUGAUGACGCUGCUGGUGCGCGAUGAUACCAACGCCUAGGCGAUCUCUAUUCCUACCUUCUUUUAGUCUUCACGACUACCCUUUUUGACCUUCGGUCGCCUGUGUAUAUUCCAUGACCUGGCCCGAACCAUUCGCUUUAUGCGCGUUUGAGGCCGU